GCUGAUAAUACAUCUGUUUUUCUCCGAUAUUUAGUUUCAUUCUGCAAUCCAAAUCGUUCGUACCUUUCCGAUUUGAACCCCACUCUUUCCACAAUGUUUUCCGAUCCCGCCCAGGAGUCGGUUGCCACGCAGACGGAGGCACAACCGGUUCCGUCGCCCAUCUGCACCCCACUGCUGAUGGUGGACGAGGAUGGACGAAAGCGGUACUGCUACCAUGGUGGAAAAUGCAAGUGUGCCACUUGCGCACAAAUUCGUGCAGAGCAGGCAGUGAAACUCGACCAGGAGCUGCUGUCCUACAUACCGCACUCGAAGCUCCACCUGGAAGUUCCAAUCCGAAUGGCCAAGCCGAAGCAGUAUCGCCUGGAAGCUCGACGGGCUACUCCCGAACUGGCAAAAUUUCUGCGGGAGGAUCACGAGAGGCUGAGGGCGGAGUAUCCAUCGUACUAUCUCCCGGAUCGAUACUUUGGUAAGAAAUUCUACGAGUUGCCAGGACCGCAGCACAAGGAGACCCAGACGGACAUUCCGAUUGGGCGUUACGGCAUCGAUGGUUGUCCCUGUACCAAUAAAUCGCUCUGCUAUGACUUGUAAUCCUGGGCAGGACUCAAUUGGGGAAAAAAGAGUUUAAUAAAAGUUCGGAAUGUGAGAAGU